AUGGAGCACUCCUCUAAGUUCUUGGUCGGGGAUGGUACCGGUGAUAGCAGCCACGAGGUCACUUCUGGUUUCGGACCGGUCCAUCCCGCGCGGCCAGCUGGCGGGAAUGCGUGUGAUGCGGAUGUCUGUGAUAGAAGUAACGUGGUUACUAUGGAUGAUGGUGACGAGAUGCGGCUGAUGAAGAUCGGUGCGGGUUCGCCGCAGACCUCCAGGCUGCCAUUGGAAGCGGGAAUGAACGAGGACAACUGCACGGAUACGGACGAUCAGAAUAGUAAUUAUCUAAGCAUUAGCAACAGUCGUAGCAGCAGCUGCUUCGACCUGCCCGGCGAAUCGGCACCGAUGAUGGUGCACGCGAUCGAAGUUGAUGAAAGCAGGGUGACGUUAGUGAACGAGCGAUAUGUUCAGUCGCAGGGUGCCACACCUGUGGUGACACCGGAGAUGAAACUCGCGGGAGCUACUGGACUGGGUGGAAGCAAUAAAACCAACGCCACUAAUUCGUUACCCGGGGAACGCGAGUACGACGGCGCCGAUGGGGAUGAGGACGAGGACGAGGACUCGUCCAUGCUGACUCAUUCGGCAGCAACGACGGCCACAGUUUCCUCGAACAAAUCGCGGCUGUUCGUUGGUGGCGAGCAGCAACCGCGUAGUAGCGAUCCGGAAGCUGGCAUUUGUUGUAACAUCGUAGACAAUCCGGUGAGCGAGGCGACAACGCUGGACAUCGGACGUGGUACGGUGGCUACCAGUGAGCAGGAUGGUUCGCAUCGUCCAGGUUCUGCUGGUGUACCCAACGGUGGAGGUAACUCGCAUGCCCGAGUUACAACCACACCUUCGAACCUGAGCAACUGCAGCGGAUUACCGACCGUGACUAUGGUGCAGUUGAAGCAGAGCAAAAAUGUCAUCUAUUUCCUGCGAUUGAUCUUCAAUCACUGCAAGAGUUCCGGAAUAGGAGAACCGAGCGUUUAUCAUGCCUUAGUAGUAAUAUUUUUGGAAUUCUUCGCCUGGGGUCUUUUAACGAUGCCCGUCAUAAACGUUCUUAAUCAAACCUUCCCAGAUCACACCUUCCUAAUGAAUGGCCUUGUAAUGGGCAUCAAGGGUAUACUAUCAUUCCUGAGCGCCCCCCUGAUUGGGGCCCUUUCGGACGUGUGGGGCCGAAAGUUCUUCUUACUAAUUACGGUAUUUUUCACCUGCGCCCCUAUACCACUCAUGUCGAUCAACUCGUGGUGGUUCUUUGCAAUGAUCUCAAUCAGUGGUGUGUUUGCGGUAACGUUUUCCGUCGUGUUCGCGUACGUUGCUGACGUGACGACGGUGGAGGAUAGAUCCCGAGCGUACGGUUUGGUGUCGGCCACCUUUGCCGCCAGCUUGGUAAUUUCACCCGCCCUUGGAGCUUACCUGAACGACAAAUACUCGGAACCGCUAAUCGUAGCGCUUGCUACGGCAAUCGCAGUGUUGGAUGUGUUUUUCAUAUUGGUUGCGGUUCCAGAAAGUUUGCCGGAAAAGGUGCGCCCCAGCUCUUGGGGUGCGCCGAUCAGCUGGGAGCAGGCAGAUCCGUUUGCGGCACUCCGUAAGGUUGGUCUGGAUCAAACGAUUCUGAUGCAGUGUGUUACGGUGCUUCUCUCCUAUCUGCCGGAAGCAGGACAAUAUUCUUGCAUUUUCGUCUAUCUCAAACUGAAAAUGCAUUUCAGCUCGAUCGACGUGUCGAUCUUCAUUGCAGUCGUCGGUAUACUAAGUAUACUGACACAGGUCAUCUUGGGUGAUCUGAUGAAGGCACUUGGUGCGAAGCGUACAAUAAUAAUAGGAUUACUGUUCGAAAUGUUGCAACUGCUUUGGUAUGGUUUUGGCAGUCAAACUUGGAUGAUGUGGGCAGCGGGUAUCCUUGCUUCGUUAGCGUCAAUUACGUAUCCGGCAAUUAGUGCAUUCGUGUCGAUACACUCCAACCCGGACCAACAAGGUGUGGUUCAGGGUAUGGUGACGGGAAUGCGCGGUUUGUGCAACGGUCUAGGGCCAGCGAUGUUCGGCGUCAUUUUCUACGUGUUCCACGUGGAUCUGAACGAUGAGCACAACGCAGCGAGUCACGGUUUGAACGGUGGUGCCAUGGGUGCUGUUGCUGGCGGUGGAGUUUUUGACGGGUCUGAUGCGAAGUUUGUCCGCAACGAAACGUUGCUUGGAGGCUCAGUUCACCAUCACAUCGAGGACGAGUACUCGCAACUAAUGCCGGGUCCCCCAUUCGUUUUCGGUGCACUGAUGGUCAUCUGCGCGAUCGCUGUUGCGGCCUUUAUUCCUGAGGCACCGAGCGACAACAUUCGGCGGCCAUCGGGUGAGAAAAAAAGGCUUUCGUUGGAUGGUGACUACGAGUACGAGCGUGGACGAAAAGUUGCUGGCCCAUUAUCACCACUGAUGCACCAAGAUUCUGCUCAGCUAUAG